AUGGACUACCCGUUACCGUACAAUCACUUGGUUGAGCUUAUGCUUGGAACUUUUGUGGCAAUUGGUAAUUACAUUCCACUAACUUUCAUUGAUAGCAAUGUUAACAUUCCCGCCGUUCUCAAUUGCACCGCCAAUGCCGAAAUCGCUCGAGCCAAAAUUAUUGCUAUAAGUGAAUUGGUAUCCACAAAUGCAAUGAUUAUUCUUGAUCUCGGAUUUUCAGAAGCCUGUAAUUGGUUUUUAUCAGUUCUGGAUCAUGUUCGCCUGCAUUUCGACCAUCCAGAACUGCCUGAUGGAUUUCAAAGCUUGUUUUCUGAUUUUCCGCCAUUGCCUCCCCCUUUGCCACCAACGCCCAUUGAGCCACCACCAGUGUACGACGAAGCGAUAUUGUUACCUUCAGGAAAUCCACCAGAAUACAAGGAAUUAUAUGAAGCUGCAGACACUUCAAAUGAAGUCAAUACUUCUCAAGAAUCUCUCCCAGCUUAUUCUCAAUCCAUGAACGAUUUAUCCAAUAGACCACCAGCUUAUGAGGAAGUCCAAGGAAUGAUCAGCGCAAGUCCGUCGGUUCGCCACCAAACGAUUCAACGCGUUCGGCAAACAUUAUGUCAGCCAUCCAUCAACAGUCCAUCCACUUCGAGACAAUACUUUGGACAUACGGAUACGGACAGAGACUAG